AUGGCAGAGCCAGAGUCGGACACGGCGCGGCAAGCCGUGCGGCGUCCCAUUGCGCGUCUCGACCCCGACGUGGUGAACCGGAUAGCGGCCGGAGAGAUUAUACACCGCCCCUCGAAUGCGCUGAAAGAAUUGCUGGAAAAUAGCCUGGAUGCGGGGGCAACACAAAUCAAGAUCACGCUGCAGGACGGUGGCUUGAAACUGCUCCAGAUCCAGGACAAUGGCAAGGGCAUCCCUGUGGACGACAUGCCACUGCUAUGUGAGCGCUUUGCAACGUCCAAGCUGCGCUCGUAUGAAGAUCUCGCCAACAUGGCGACGUUUGGUUUCCGUGGCGAGGCACUGGCGAGCAUCAGCUUUGUCUCAGCCUCUGUCACGGCCGUGAGCAAGACGCGCGACGAGGACAUUGCGUACCGCGCGUCCUACUUUGCUGGUGAGCUCCUCCCUCCUGCGCCAGGCCAGGCUGCGGAGCCAAAGCCGUGCGCAGGGACCGAUGGCACGACCAUCACGGCACAGGACCUCUUUUUCAAUGCGCCGCAGCGGAAAAAGGUAUUCAAGUCGCUCUCGGACGAGUACAAUCGGGCGCUCGACGUGGCGACCAAGUAUGCGAUUCACUAUGGUCAUAUGGGCGUCGGCAUUUCGUGCAAAAAGGCCGCGGCGCAGUCUCUCGACCUCAACACGCCCAGCGACCCAAAACAGACAACGCUGGAUGUGAUCCGGCAUGUGCAUGGCGCGACGCUCGCUCGGGAUCUCAUGCACCUCGACACACUACAGAGCGACACGUUUGGGUGCACCGUCGAGGGGUGGGUCAGUAAUGCGAAUUGGGCGUCGAAGAAGACGACCUUUUUGUGCUUUAUCAACAACCGCCUAGUCGAUUGCCCCAGCCUGAAGCGCUCGCUGGAGUCAAUGUACGCACUACUACUUCCGAAAGGCCGGCAUCCGUGGAUGUACCUUGCACUCUCCAUUGCGCCCGACCGGAUUGACGUGAAUGUGCACCCCACAAAGCAGGAAGUGCAUUUCCUGGACGAGGACGAGAUUGUCGAGUGGAUCACGUUGCGUGUGCAAGAUCUCGUCUCACAGCACAGCUCGUGCCGCGUCUAUUCGACACAGCGCACGUCGGCGAUGGGCGUCACAACCUCGGAACAGACUGUGCAAGUGCUUGGCCCGCGGCACGAUCGUGCGGAUCCCCGGCACUUGGUGCGUGUGGACCACCAAGCCCAAUCACUCGAUGCCAUGCUCAGUAAACCUGAUACGGCCAAGACACAGACCGAGCGCAUUGCAGAGAGCGCGUGUGAACUCACCAGCAUCCAAGAGCUGCGCCAGACCAUUGUGGACGACCGCCAUGUCGGUCUAACCGAGGUCGUGCAGAACCACAAGUUUGUCGGCGUCGUCGACCGCGAGCAAGCGCUGUCUCUGCUGCAGCAUGGAACACAGCUGUAUCUUGUGCGGCACUCUGCAGUUAUUGAGGCAUUUGCAUACCAGCUUGCACUGCGGCAAUUCGCCGCAUAUACACCCGUGACACUCCACCCUGCGCCGUCCCUAGCGGAACUCAUUGGCCUUGGCUACGAUGCAGAGGACGCCGACGACGAAAAGGCCGCGCUGGGCCUUUCCCGCGACCAAGUGGUGGCGAAAAUCUACGAUACCUUGAUGGAGCGAGCCGAGAUGCUGGAGGAGUACUUUGCCAUCCGUCUCAAUGCUGAAAAUGGCACCGUUGAAACGCUGCCUGCGCUCCUCCCCCGGCACGGCGCACUGGGCCUGUCCCUUGAGCGCCUGCCCGCCCUCUUUUUCCGCCUCGGUCCCCAAGUCGACUGGACGGACGAAAAAUCGUGCUUGGACGGCGUUUGUCGCGAGCUGGCCUAUGCCCACGUCCCCUCCCCCCGCCCUGUUGCGGAGAGUGACGAUGCAUGGGCCAUCCAGCACGUGUGGUUCGCCAACUUGCUUGCGUCGCGCGGCCGCAUGAUCGUGCCCAAGUCGCUUGAGGACAACGACUUUGUGCAAGUCGCGAGCCUCCCGGACCUUUAUCGCGUCUUUGAGCGAUGCUAG